AUGAAAACGAUUGAUAAAGUAGACUAUUGCCAUCCAAAUGAUAUUAUUCACAGUAAUAGGUCUGGUAGAAUUCGAUAUGAUCGUUAUGUUGAUCCUAAAAUAUGUGAAGAGAAAAUUAAACAAGGAAUAUAUUAUCAGGGUGUACUUCGAAUUAAUAAACGAUCUCGUUUAGAUGCUUAUGUAACUAGCGACAAUUUGGAUGCUGAUAUUUUUAUUAAUGGUCAACGUGAUCGUAAUCGUGCACUAGAUGGUGACAAUGUUGUUGUUGAAUUAUUGGAUUUAGAUACUGUGUGGGAAAAGAAGAAGGAAUCAAUGACUCAAAAGCGUGAGCAAAGACAUGGCACUGUUGAAAGGCCCCCACAAGAAGAAGGCGAAGAAGAUAAAGGAAAACCAAAAUAUGCUGGCAAGGUUGUUGCUAUUACCAAACCCGGUAAUAAUCAAAACUGUGCUGGUAUUCUUACAGUUUAUCGUAAUAACUCAACUGAACAACCAUCUCAAGAAGAUGAAGUUGUAUUAGCUUCUAAUGAGGAUGAUAAUGAAGACAUUCAAAUUGAUGCCAGUACUACUACUACAGUUACAACAAAAAAUAAUAAUAAAGAUAUUCGCCUUGUAUGGUUCAAACCUAUCGAUAAACGAAAGCCUUUGAUUGCAAUUCAACUUAAAUAUGCGCCAAAUGAUAUUCUUACAAAUGAAGAAAAGUAUAAACGUUUACUAAUGGUAGCUAAAAUUACUCGCUGGCCAAUUGAUUCUAUGUAUCCCUUUGGUGCUGUAUUGCGUGAAUUAGGCCAUAUUGGUAAUAUUCCUGCUGAAACUCGAGCAAUUUUAGAGGAUAACAAUAUUGAUGAAAAAGCAUUUAGUAAAAAAGCGCUUAAAGGUUUGCCUAAAUUGCCUUGGUCUAUUCCUCAAUCAGAAAUUGACAAUCGUCGAGAUCUUCGUGAUAUACGUAUUUUUACUAUUGAUCCAUCUACUGCAAAGGAUUUAGAUGAUGCCGUUCAUGUAACCAAGCUUAGCGAGAAUGAAUAUGAAGUAGGCGUUCAUAUUGCUGAUGUGUCUCAUUUUGUUCAUCAACAUACAGCCUUGGAUCAUGAAGCGUUUGAUAGAGGCACGAGCACUUAUCUUUGCGAUCGUGUGAUCCCUAUGUUACCUUCUUUGUUAUGUGAAGAGUUAUGUAGUUUAAAUCCUGGAGUUGAAAGAUUAGCCUUUUCAGUCAUAUGGAAAAUGGAUGAUGCUGGUAAUAUUAAAGAGACAUGGUUUGGAAAAACUAUUAUCAAAUCUUGUGCUAAGUUGGCUUAUGAUGAUGCUCAACAUGUAAUUGAAGGUCAUGGUUUACCUAAAACUGCUAAUGUAAAAUUCUUUACAGUUCCUGAAGUUGAACAGGACAUUAUUUAUUUAUUCAACCUAUCUAAACAAAUGCGCCAACGCCGAUUUGCUAAUGGUGCUUUAUCAAUGAAUUCAAUUCGACUUUCUUUUGAACUUAAUGAACUGGGUGAACCUUGUAAUGUUUCCAUAUAUGAGCAAAAGGAUGCUAAUCGUCUUAUUGAAGAAUUUAUGCUUUGUGCCAAUAUGAGUGUAGCACAAAAAAUUAGUAAGCAUUAUCCUAAUGAAGCUUUACUUCGUCAACAUUCACCUCCACAUGAAAAAACCUUGAAUGAAUUUAUCAAAAUUGCCGAGAGUUGGGGAUACUCCUUUGAUGGUUCAUCUGCUGGCUCAUUACAGAAAUCUUUUGAUGCAAUUGAUUCUGAAGAUAUUAAAACAGUUUUGAGACUUAUAGCUAUUAAACCAAUGCAACGUGCCAAGUACUUUUGCACAGGUGCAUAUGAUAUUAGCGAAUAUAGACAUUAUGCACUGAAUGUUCCUCUCUAUACUCAUUUCACAUCACCUAUUCGACGUUAUGCUGAUAUUAUUGUUCAUCGUCAAUUAGAAGCAGCCCUUAACGAUAAACCCUCAUGCGGCUAUAAAAAGAAUACAGUACAAAAGGCUGCAGGCCAUUGCAAUGAGCGAAAAGAAGCAGCCAAGAAUGCUCAAGACAUGAAUAUUCAACUUUAUCUCUCUCAUUAUCUUCAUAUGGUUGAGGCUAAAACGGAGAAACCUAUUAUUUGUUCUGCUAUUGUAACACAAGUAUUAAGAGACUCCUUUGAUAUUUUAGUGCCUGAUUAUGGUCUUGAAAAGCGUAUCCAUGUUGACGCAUUACCAAUUGAGAAAUUUGUUGCUGACCCCCAGAAAAAUAAUCUCUUUGUAUAUUGGAAAGAAGGUAUCGAAUCUAAUUGGGAAUGGGAUGAACGGCGUAGAUUAAAUGAAAAUUAUGUUGGUCCUUCUGGCUCAUUACUGAAUUAUGAUACAGUUGAUGACUCAACCGAAGAUGACAAUGAUGAAUCAAUUGCUACAAAGAAGUGUAUCAAGAUUCCAGAAGAAUUAAUAAGUGAUAAUUUGAUAGAUCAGAAAACUAGAAUGCAACGUUUUGAACCUUUAUCUAAAUUAUCUGUUCGUAUUCAGGUUAAUGUUGAUCGUUCACCCCCAAUUAUUAAUAUUUAUCCUGUUAACCCUUUUAUAUAA